AUGACGGAGUUAAGAUGGAUAAAAGUUGAGAUGACAUUUGACGUCGCAACACACAAUUGGCGAUCAGUUCGGUAUGAACACGUCGAAACUUGGCAUUCUAUGGUGGCCAAUGAGGUACCGGGAGUCGCAACCGAGGUUGCACUUUUCUCAACGACAGUUGCAUUGGCCAAGGACGCACAAUUAAUAAAACAGGUUGAAAGACUCUUGGCUUGUAUUCGGAGUUUCAUAGUUCAACUGAAUUGUAGUCCUUUCGUCGCAAACAACCAACUCAACACCUGUUAG